CGAACGAACCACCCAGUUACAACCCACCCAAUCAAUCAAUUAACUCAACGAAACAUCAUGUCUAACUACGAGCAGACUGGCGAGCCUAACUUGACCCGCGCCAACUACCACUCGCUGAAGGGUCAGGCGGUUGAGACCGUCGGUAAUCUCAUUGGCGCCGAGACGUGGCAGACCUCUGGCCGUGAGGAGCGCCUCCAGGGCGACGCCGAAUACGACGCAGCUCGCGCGAAGGGCUACGUCGAGGGCGCAGGCGAUCGCAUUGCAGGCAAGAAGGACAACAUCAUCGGCGCCGUUACUGGCGACCGGGACAAGCAGUACUCUGGUGCUGCGCGUGAAGACAAGGGCGACGCCAAGCAGACCUUCUACAAGAACGCUUGAACAUCUUCUCUGCGUGCUGAACUGUAGCAUACGCGAUCGACAUCAAUAAUGUAUCACCACCAUAUACUGUACACAUACCAUAAUCAUCAUGGCUUGCGCCUCUCGACGAUCUACCUGCU